CGGGGUCCCCACCUCGCGCUCUCUCUCUCUCUCUCGCGCACAGCCCGGUGUGCCGUUCUCCCGCUCAGCGCGCGCUGCCCGUGGAUGUAUGUAACGUUGUGUCGCCGUUACCGUUCAUGAUAAUUUGAAUUUUUUUUCUCGUACCGGUGUUUCUGGACUUGUUUUCCCGCCGGAGCCGCCGUCUCCGGUUUUCCAUCUGACUUUUGAACCCUCCGAUGUUCUUGAAGCGAUAACCCGUCGUCAUCGUCGCCAUGGUCACCCAUCACCUCGGUGACCAGCCUGUCCACCGCCACUCUCUGUUCCCGUCCAAUCGGCCGUGGGGAUGCAUGUGAUGGGCAGCGUCUCCCCGGCCAAUGAGAGGGAGGGUUUCUCCCUCCAGGACAACCGGACGAAACCACCUCCACCCGCUCCUCCUCCUCCUCCUGCUCUUCUUCCUCCUCCACCUCCUCCUCCAGUGCCGCCCCUGCUACCAGGGCUGGGAAUCCCCAUAGGAGGUCUGAGGAAGACGAAGAGGGUGAGGAGUUUCUUCUGGAAGACGAUCCCGGAGGAUCAGGUGAAGGGCCGGGCCAACCUGUGGACUCAGGGUCAGGUGCAGCAGCAGUACCAGAUCGACGUCCAGACCAUCGAGGAGCUGUUUGGUCAAAAUGACCAAUCAAACGCCAAGUCGACACCCACAAGAGGAGGGAGGACGAGGAGCUCGUUCAGGGACACCAAAGAGGAGGUCACUAUUUUAGACUCGAAGCGAGGGAUGAACAUCGGGAUCUUCCUCAAACAGUUCAAGAGGGCCAAUCACACCAUAGUAGACGAUAUUCACCAUGGCAACAGUGAGCCCUACGGGGUGGAGCCUCUGAGAGAGCUGCUGAAGCUGCUGCCGGAGACGGAGGAGGUGAAGAAGCUGAAGUCGUACCGCGGCGACAUCUCCAAGCUCUCAUUGGCCGAUUCCUUCGUGUACCUGCUGAUUCAGCUCCCCAGUUACUCGGUCCGUAUCGAGUCCAUGCUGUUGAAAGAGGAGUUCCCCACCGUGUGUGAGGCCAUGAAACGAGACAUCAAGAUCCUUCGCACAGCUACCAAAGAGUUAAUGUGUUGUGAGGAGCUCCAUGCUGUUCUUCACCUGGUGCUGCAGGCUGGAAACAUCCUCAACGCUGGAGGUUAUGCAGGAAACGCUGUAGGUUUCAAGCUGUCGUCCCUUCUGUCUCUGGCCGACACCAAAGCCAACAAACCGGGAAUGAACCUGCUGCACUUUGUCGCUCUGGAAGCUAAAAAAAAAGACGAUAAGCUGUUGGAGUUUCCUCUGAAGUUGAGUCACGUCCAGCCUGCGUCCAGGAUCUCUGUGGAAACGCUGGACGCUGAGCUGCAGAGGCUGACGUCUCGCACACGCUCGCUAGAGGAAAGCGUCCAGAGAGACGCGGAGCUGCUGCAGCAGCUGGACGACUUCCUGCAGUCGGCCGCCUCGUCUCUUUGCUCGCUGCGUGGCGGGCGGCAGCAGCUGAAGACGGAAGGCAGCGAGCUGAUCGACUUCUUCUGCGAGGACAGAGAGACGUUCAGACUCGACGACUGCUUCAGCAUCUUCCACACCUUCUGCUCCAGAUUCACCUCUGCUGUGAAGGAGAACUUGGAGAGGGAGGCCAAGGAGGCCACCCGUCGCCGGCGGAUCCAGGAGCUGGAGGAGCAGAAGAGGCACUCGUGGGCGGGGGGUGAGGAGGUUGGCGGAGCAUUCGGUUUGCGUUGCAGCAGUGAGACGGACAUGUCGGCCGCCAUGUCGCGUCAUGACGAGGCCGGGCGGCUGGUGGAGCUCCUGACCCCGAAGUCCCGUCCCCGAUCGCCCCUCAACAACAAUCCUCUGGGGCGAUCUGGGAGCUUACGGCGCUCUCGAAACUUUCCAUCCACCUCGCCGUCUAUGGCAGCUGAGCGCGAACUGAGCACGCUCCUGGGGAUGACGUCUCGUGAGGACAACCAGCAGAGAGGAGGAGGAAGGGGAGAGGCAAGGACAGCUUUACCAUCAGCCUCACCUGAACCUGGGCUCAAAAGUCCAGGACUCUCCCCUCAGACUCACAGCACCACAAACCAGCAGCCUCAAACGGGCCAGACGGCAUCGCAAACCCGCUCCUCACCUCGCAAGAGCUCUUUGAGUGCAAACCAUACAACCGCCGCUUACCUCAGUUACGAUGCUACGCAGACUCAAUCAAACACCAUCGCACCCGCAAAUAAAGUUACAAUCAAACCUACCUCUGAUGCGAACCAGCAAUCCCGACACAACAACAACGACAAAGAUCAACUUGGUCUGAGUUUGAGCAACCAGGAGACGCUCUCAGACCAUCAGUCUGGUUUGAGGAGCGAUCCAGAUUUUCGUGGACGGGUCGCCAGCAGUGAUGAGAAGUUUGAACGUAGCACUGCAGCUCCAGGCAACAUGUCCGUGGUUUUAGAGAAACACACUCUGGUACCGGAGCUGAAAGUGUUUGAUACCGUCGCCAACGAAGGUCGCCUCCACGGGCAGCACCAGGACGAUAUGUUAAUCACAGACUUGGAAGAAGCUGGAGCGGACGUAUCCCAAGUCCAGAAGAUGUCGCAUGAGACCCCGAUCGGGAACACGGACAAAUCCAACGUGAAGAUGUCUUCCUUACAAAGAGACGAAGACGAGGGACGAGAGGAAAAGGUGGUUGUGUGGUGUGUCACGGGUGUGUGUGAGGCAGCUGGCGAGCUCACACUUUAUGACAACGCACAAACUGAGAGAGAUCAGAGUGGAAGUGACAAUCACGGAGGAGGUCAGCAACCUUCCUCCACCCCAACCAAUCGCAAGCCUUCAGAACCUCAACCGGCCAAUGAGAAGCCAGUGCCUGUACCCAUCAGCAGCCAACCGGUGCCUGCGUCCCGCUGUGACGACCCAUCGCAUCCCAUCUCAUCCCCCAGGUGGCACCCAUCAGCCAAUGAAGCGCCUACCAUCGCCGCAGGUGCCUCUGAGGAAGCAGCCAAUCAGGAGGAAGUAGUAGAAGGUUCCACCAAUGAGAAGAGAGAUGUGGAGACUCUCCAAGUACAAUCAUCAAAUGAGACAACCAAUGAAAAUAAAGAAGCAGCUUCUUCUACUAACAAAAAGGUAGAACUGAUACCUUCAUCCAAACCAUCCACCAAGAACCUCCCUACCUCCAGAACUCGACCCCCCGGGAUCAAACCCGCAAUCACAACCGCUGCCUCUACCGCCAACAAGGUCAAGCCCGUCCGCACCCUCACCAACUCCGAGAACCAGGGCAUGAGGCGGGUAGUGCCCAUCUCCAGAACCAGCCGAGGAACUCCAUCCCUGGGCAAACGUUCAGAGAAACCUCCUGGCAACCAGCGAGGCCCCUCAAUCGCAGUGACACCCGCCAGUGUGUCCAUGUCCAACCUCAACAGCACCACCCUCCGUCGAGGAGAGAGGCCCUCAACUGCUCCUUCAUCCCGGCGCUCCAGCAUCAACAAGACCCCGGACCCCAAGGAUUCAAAAGACCAGAAGGUCUCAGGUACUCGGACAUCUUCCCGAGAGCAGAACCAGGACUUGCAGAGGAAACCGUCCAUCCGAAAGCCCUUAACGAAACCCAAACUCCAGCCGGAGGAGAAGCUGUGUCGCUCCAAACUUCGGGCGCAAACCCAAGGAGGUGCAGGAGGUGGGGUAGGAGGAGGAGGUAGCAUCAGCGCCCCUGCCACUCCUCUGCACAAAGCCCCUUCCUCUUCAUCGUCACCGCUUCCAAGUUUCGCCCAAAGCACCGCCUCCUCUUCUUUCAGGCGCACCAACACCAACCUCACUCCUCCUACUCCUCCUCCUUCACCCCACGCUGGCUCAGACUCCUCUCCCAAGACCUCCUCCAUUGCCCCACCCGGUACCUCCUCACCUUUGACGCGAACUGGCUCCUUAAGAGUCUCCUCAACCGCCUCCACCUCCUCCUCCCCGCUGACAAGGUCUCAGAGCAUCAGGGCGCCUCCUCGCUCGCCACUCCACGACUCGCUGGCUCCCCCUAAAGGCCACCGGCGGAACGACAGCGGCACCUUCUCCGAGAAGUCGACUCACUCCGCCAGGCCGAGCUGGAGAUGACAGGCCGCAUUCCAACUACUUCUUCCUUCUUCACCGGAGGAUACGUUCCAAUAUGAAGAAUCGAGUAUAAAUAAGCUGGAGGAAUAUUUGUCUCCUCAACUUGAACCAUGCUGGUGGACGCAUUCCAUUAUGUACACUUAAGACUGUAGGCCGCAUUCCAAGAUGAAGAAGAAACUGCUCCAGGUUGCCUUUGAUGAGCCUCGUGUCCAUGACGACUGACUCCCAGCUGAUGCUUCCUCUCGCCUGAUUAAAUGACUUUUAUUUUGAAAUUUUCCUUACGACUCUGCACCUUUAACGUCACUAACCGAGCCGAGGAAUCCCCAGAACGUCCGCCCCUGAUUGAAUUAGGAAUCAUCUUAAUGAUUAUGAAAUCACGGAGAAUCAUGAACUUUAGACGAGGAGAUCUUCAGUCUCCGAUUCAACAGACAGUUGCUA